UAGUUUGCGCAGAAGUUCAAGUAAUGAAGUAAGUGCACUACACUUUGUCGGAAUUAUAUAUUUCGAAUGCAAGGCUGAUGCCUACCACGAAAGCCUCCUCUCUCGAGAGUGGUGGCCGAAUCUAACUUUCACCGGCGUCGGCAUGCCGAUAACAUAAUACUACUGGAAAGACACACCGCGUUGGUCUUUCGUUAGCGUUCAUUUUCUCUCGGCAAGUUAAGUCAGCUGGUGCAUUGGUAACAGUCAGCCAGUACCAAAUAUCUACCAAAUAAACACAAUUUUAGUCAAGUUUUGCUUAAAAAUGAAGUUGCGGCAACUUCUCAGUGCUGGUUUUGUGUUGAGUGUGUUGAUAGUCCUCCAGGAAGCUCCUUCAACAGCGGCGCAACAAGCUUUUGAGUUACCAGUGGAAUUGGUUGGGUUUCCCAUUAUUAUCUUGGCCGUACGCCUAUCGAAUUUCGUCAAAAAGUUUGCGUACGCGUUGAAUCCAAGAACUUAUAAACGUUCACGGCGUGCGAUAGCUUCGGAUGUGGAUCUGAUCGAUAUGAACGAAGCAGAAAAGCGUCUUGUUGCAGAAUUAGGCGAAAACGUGUGUAUUUACACGAAAGUUUGUUUGCAUUAUGCUGCCAAGGCGCGCAAAUCCCAGGGUAGACCCAAUCAUCAAAUAGAUUGGAACAGCAUAUUCAGUCACUACAAAACUUCACCGGAUAAGAACAAGGAGUUUUAUCUGCUCAGCGUGUUCUUGGGGGACAUCGUCGCAUCGCCAAGGUUCUGCAAUCAAUUAGCGAAAAGAGGGCGGCAAUGCAUUGAUUGAUUGCUAAAAAUGUUUGCGUCAUAGUGUAAUCAGUGUAAAAUUGAUGGGAGCGUAUUUAUUUGACCUGCUUUGGAUGCAAGGUCUCUUGUCACUUGUUUUGCGCGAGCAUAGGUUUUAAAAUCGUUGAAAUAAAAAUGUUGAAAGUACAAA